GAGUAUUUGCUGUUCAACCCAGACAGCCCUACAGGGCAUUACAAGCUCGACUUGGGCAACCCGGCUGCCGCCUACGUGGCGCAGGCACUGGCGCUGCUGGACCGAUGGGAAUCAGGCAUCGCCAAGCGAAAGGAGUUGCCGGACAUCUCCGAGGAUGGCGAUUACUCGUGCGUGAGGAACUGCAGGUACGCUCACCAAUCUCUUCGCUCGUUGGGCUUGCAAAGCUUUGACGAAUGGGUUCUUCCGGAAAAGGAGAUUUUAGAGCUGGACUAUGUUACACAUCUGCGACCUGAUUGUCACGGCGAAGUGAUGACCGCAGCAACUUUCACGCGAUUCCUGACGAUCCUCCAGCAAGCGGAGUGCGAUGGCCCCACGCAAAUCAAGGUGACAAGAAACCUGGCUCACUACAUCAAUUUGACGAGCGUCCAAAUGCGACAACUACUGGGCGUUUACCGCACAUCUGAGCUGCGUGAGGAAGCUUUGGUAACGACGUUUUUUCGGAUCGUCGACAUUCACCAUGAGAAGGUUUUCCGGGUCCGCUACGAAGAACAGGCCGAGCUGGACAGCUUGCGCCAGCGGCUGGGCUACUGCACCUUCUUCACGUACAUUCAGCCGGAGCAGGUCACCUACGAUUUCGACUUCGCGAAGUACGACCAGCGCCUCGCAGCGAACCUUUUCUUUGGUUUGGCAAAUGCAGAAAAGCGGGACAACAUCUCGAACUUCCGCUACACACUUCCGGACGGCACGAUCGACAAGCUGGAGCAAGGCGUUCCGCGCAGCUGGGAUCAGUUUGCGCGGAUGCCCAAGGAGGGCGUCUUCCAUUUCACCUACAAGUGUUCUCCACAGGAUUGUCGGUUUUCCCUCAGAAAAUCCUUGCUCUUCCAGUUCGGGAAGUGGAAGGUGGACGUCGCAGAGGAUGAGGUGAAUUGGUGGGCGGCUGCUGCAGAGGCACCAGAAGAUGUGCUGGAGUUCCUGUUCUGGAUGCGCUCACGAUUCCGAGACACCCAGAAGGCUUUUGAAGCCUUCGACGGUGCUGACGGGAACGGCCUCCUCGGGCUGCGGGAGUUUGAGGAAGGGAUGAAACAGUUGAAGUGCCAAAAGUUCCGUGGCCGUGAUGAAAAGCAGCGCUGGACGGCGAUCUUCCGGUUUCUGGAUCCGAGCGGCGAGGGGCAGGUGUCCAAGGAGGAGUUCUUGACUUUGGACAGCUUCUGGGCCGAGGUGGAGUUCUCCAUCAGAGAGUUCCUCGAUUGGUCGAAUCGGAAGUAUGGCAGGGACCUGAAGACCCUCUGGAACGCUCUGGAUGAAGAUGGGAGUGGUGCCAUCCAGCGCUUCGAAUGGGAAUCUGUUCUGGACAAGGUUGGAUACUUCGGGCCGUCCGGGCCCAUCUUCAGCUAUGUCGACGAGGACGAUGGGGGGGAGAUCUCCUGGAAGGAGUUCCAGCUGCUCGGACGAUUUCAAGACGCACCGUCGGCACCGUGCUCCUGA